AGCGGCAAAUUGAAAAAUCACAACAUCAUCAGUGGCUAACCUAGCGAUCUACCCGUCAGGAAGUUAAUUAGAUUGAUUUGCCAAAAUGAGAAUUAUUUCUUGGAAAAAAGAGUUCCAACUAUCAGCACCGUUACAGCGACACUUUUCCAGCGCCAAAUUUACAACCCCUCAAACGGACAGAAUUCAGCCCAUCCAGAUGGCCUACUCGUCUUAUGAAUUGACCUCAAUACCCUCAAUCAGCCCCCUCAUCAUUAUGCACGGCCUUCUGGGCUCCAAGUCUAACUGGCGGUCACUGUCCAAAAGUCUGCAUGCCCAGACAUGCAGGAGAGUGGUAGCCGUAGACGCCAGAAACCACGGGGAAAGUCCGCACAAUGAAAAUCACAGCUACAGAUAUAUGGCAGAGGAUCUGCGGGCGCUCCUCACUUUGCUUGAAAUUGACCGUGCCGUCCUGCUGGGUCACAGCAUGGGUGGAAGGGCAAUGAUGUUGACAGCUCUACUUUAUCCCAAUUUGGUAAAAGGACUAAUUGUAGUUGAUACUUCUCCAAUUAGGACAAGCGAAAGUAUAAAUCUAGUUGACUCAUUUUUGGAGGCAAUGCGGAAAAUUGAACUGCCCCCAAAAGUGCCAAUUCUUAUAGCCAAGAAUAUAGCAGACCGACAAUUGAGCACGGUUGUGAAAGACAUUGCAACCCGCCAGUUUUUGCUGACAAAUUUAUUAGAAACAGAGGAAGGUGACUGUAAAUGGAGGGUCAAUUUGGACGUUUUGCAGCGAUACCUUGUGAAACAAGUUGCAAAUUUUCCUCUUGUCACAAACGUGUACAAUGGGCCAACCCUAUUUAUUAAAGGCGCUUUGUCCGAUUACAUCAAAGAUUCAGACGCAGAGGAAAUCAAACGAAUUUUUCCCAAUGCCGAGUUUGAGCGGGUUGAAGGAGCUGGCCACUCAAUCCACUCUGACCAGCCUUCUAAAUUCGUCCAGAUUGUGUCCUCUUUCCUAAAAAAAUUAACAUAGACUGGCAAUGAAGACUUUGAUAAUACAUAAAUAGGAUAAUUUAUUUUUAAAAUGAAAUAUUACUUUUAAUGAAAAGCCCUCCAGAGAGCUGGUAUGCCAGUGUUUACAUCUUUUAGGACAGCACUGCAGAUGCAGAGGUCACAUCAGGGUCAUUUUCAA